UCGGCUGUGAGAGCUCCAGUGGGUGCCUGUGAGUGAGUGACACCCUCCAUCCCUCCACCAUGCUGCUGUUGUGUGUGACCUGGCUUGGCCUCGUGUCCCUGGGUUGGGACCAGGGCUGUUCAGCCGUCAGCACUACCAGAGCCCAGGGAGGCCACAGGGGACACAUGCAGAGGGACCGCAGGAACAUCAGACCCAACAUCAUCCUCAUCAUGACCGACGAUCAGGACACAGAGCUGGGUUCUCUCCAGGUGAUGAAUAAGACUCGUAAGAUAAUGGAGAAUGGAGGCACCUCAUUCAUCAACGCCUUUGUGACCACGCCCAUGUGCUGUCCGUCUCGCUCGUCCAUGCUGACAGGGAAGUAUGUUCACAAUCACAACACGUACACCAACAACGAGAACUGUUCUUCCCUGUCCUGGCAGGCCCAGCAUGAACCACGCUCCUUCGCUGUCUACCUCAACAACACGGGAUACAGGACAGCGUUCUUUGGGAAGUAUCUGAACGAGUACAACGGUAGCUACAUCCCUCCCGGGUGGCGUGAAUGGGUGGGGCUCAUCAAAAACUCUCGCUUUUAUAAUUACACCGUCUGUCGGAACGGGCACAAGGAGAAACACGGCGUGGAGUAUUCCAAGGACUAUUUCACGGACCUGAUCACCAACGACAGUAUCAACUUCUUCCGUAUGUCCAAGAAGGUGUACCCUCACCGGCCAGUGAUGAUGGUCCUCACCCACGCUGCCCCCCACGGGCCGGAGGACUCAGCCCCACAAUACGCAGAGAUGUUCCCUAAUGCCUCACAACACAUCACCCCCAGUUAUAACUACGCCCCCAACAUGGAUAAACACUGGAUCAUGCAGUACACCGGCCCCAUGAGACCCAUCCACAUGGAGUUCACUAACUUCCUGCACAGAAAGAGACUGCAAACACUCAUGUCAGUGGACGACUCUGUACAGAAGGUAUAUGAGAUGUUGGUAGAGAGUGGGGAACUGGACAACACCUACAUAAUCUACACGGCUGACCACGGCUACCACAUUGGCCAGUUUGGGCUGGUCAAGGGGAAGUCCAUGCCCUACGACUUUGACAUCAGAGUGCCCUUCUUCCUCCGCGGGCCCAACGUCGAACCUGGAGCCGUUGUCCCUCAGCUGGUGUUGAACAUUGAUCUGGCCCCCACCAUACUGCACAUGGCUGGGCUGGACACACCUCCAGACAUGGACGGGAAGUCCAUCCUCAAACUACUGGAACAGGAGAAGACUGGAAACAGAUUCAAACGCAAUCGGAAACCCACAGUCUGGAGAGAUACAUUCCUGGUGGAGAGAGGUAAACUCCUGAGGAAGAAGGAGGACAGAGGCGGUAGUUCAACCACCCAGAACACCAACAGCCUGCCCAAAUACAAGAAGGUCAAAGAGGUGUGUCAACAGGCAGAGUUCCAGACACCUUGUGAACAGCCUGGACAGAAGUGGCACUGUGUGGAGGAGAUCACUGGGAAGUGGCGGAUCCAGAAGUGUAAAGGAGGUGGACUGAAGGAGGGCCCUAGGAAGAGGGCCCCCAGCCUGAGGCCUCAUGGCAGCUACAACAGUAGGGAGAGGGAACCCUGCGACUGUGGCCUUGACCGACCGGGACGCUCACACCGCCAGUUCACACCCUCCUCUGGAGAACCAGGCUAUAGGCCUCGUUUCGUCCAUACUCGACCCACCAGAUCUCUGUCCGUGGAGUUCGAAGGGCAGAUCUAUGACGUUGACCUCGCGGCAGACGACCAGUCAGCCGUGCAGAGACGUGUCAUCAGAAAGCGUCACUAUGAGCAGGAUGACCCCGAGUUUGCCUUGGAGUCAGACGACAGGUCAGAGGAGAUGCUAGCGGAUGAUACCAACGCCGUGGGGUACCCGAACUCUGUCAAGGUCACACACAAGUGUUACUUCCUGAUGAAUGACACGGUCCACUGUGAGAGAGAGAUCUACUCUUCCUCUAGAGCCUGGAAGGACCAUAAGAGCUAUGUGGACCAGGAAAUCGAGGCCCUUCAGGACAAGAUAAAGAACCUUCGGGAGGUCAGGGGUCAUCUGAAGAGGAGGCGACCUGAUGAGUGUGACUGUGGAAAGAAGAGGGAGGCGGCCCAAGAAGUGGAUGGGAAGACGCAGCUGUUUAACGAGAUCAGGCGGAAGAAAAAGGAGAGGAAAGAGAGAAAGAGGCUGAAAAAUGGGGAUGACUGUAGUCUACCUGGCCUCACCUGUUUCACUCACAACAACGACCACUGGCAGACCGCCCCCUUCUGGAACCUGGGAGCAUUCUGUGCCUGCACCAGUUCCAACAACAACACCUACUGGUGCGUGAGGACCAUCAACGAAACGCACAACACCCUGUUCUGUGAGUUCGCUACGGGCUUCCUCGAGUACUUUGACCUCAACCACGACCCCUAUCAGUUGACCAACGUGGUGUAUUCCGUGGACAGAGAGGUGUUGAACACCCUCCAUUCCCAGCUGAUGGAGAUGAGGAGCUGCCAGGGACACAAGCAGUGUAACCCCCGACCCAAAGGGCUGGACACAACAGGAGGUAAAGAUGGAGACAGCUACGAAGCACACAGCACUCAGCCAGUCUGGGACGGACGAGCGGGUUAAGCUGCCCAACCUGACGGAGGAGGAGGUGACAACAGCCCAGGACGACUGGCACAUCUUCCAGAAGGACGUUGAUAAUGUUUCUGCUACACCUUUUAGACCAACCGGAGAAAAACAACGACGACGACCAAAACCCCAAAAAGCUUGACUUUAAGGAUGACCCGGCGUCUGUGCAGAGGGGGCCCGUGGGGCUGGAGGAGGGCAGCGGGGGGAAAAGGAGAGGAGACCCCCAGCCAGGCCUGGUCACCCUGAACUGGGACUCCCAGAGACCCCCAGCCAGGACAUCUGGCCUGGUCACCCUGAACUGGGCCACCACGGGACUCCCAGAGACCCCCCUCACCACUCCUCUUGCCCCAAGCACCCCCCCCCCCCCCCCCCCUCAGUUCCACACAGCACGCGACUCAAAGGUUAGAGGUUAACUACAAUCUAUGAAUGAGCUCCCGGAUGAGACUAACCCAUUAGACAGACCUCAGGUGGUGUCUGCGAUGACGUUAUCAUCUCUGUGACGUCAGCAGAUCAGAGGGGGAGGGGCCUGGGGGGGAGGUGGUUGCCCGUGAGUGGCCCAUCAGCUGGAGGAGGGGCUAGACAGCGAGGAGGCGGGGCUGGUCUUCAGUGGCAACAGGAACAACGGGCUGACGGAGAAGGAGGUGUGACACAAUGACCUGGAGAGGGGGACGGAGCUGGGAGGAAGCCUCAUCCAGGGACUGGAGCUGGGAGGAAGAGGCCCAAGGCUACCUCCCCCUCUCCCCACAGACAGACAAUGAAGCCCACUACAGGCCUCCAACACUAUCACUGGGAGCCCCCAAGGGGACUGGGUUGGUAGUGGGCCAGCACCUCCAGACCCAACAGUAACAGGUAGAGAUGCAGUAGACUCCCUAGGGCCAAUCCCCUCAGCCCUCCUCCAACCACACCCAGUGAGACACACACAGACAAAUUAAAGGUGCUGACCUGCCAUUGGGCAGCCUGGUGGUCACCAUAGAGACACAGAAACUGGGGGAGAUGGAGAGCCAAGAUGGCUGACGAUGAUUUCAGCACCAGUCAGUUAGAGCUGUAUUAUUAAUGAGUAUUAAAGUUAUUUUUGUUUUUUCAUUUAUUAUUAUUGGAAAAACUACAGUGUUCUGUUUUUUCAAAAUAUAUAUUUUGUUAAAAAAAUAUGUAAAUCCUUAACACAGCAGAAAUUAUUGAAAUAUGGGGAAUUCAACUUUUAAUUGAUUUUAAUUAAGAUCCAAGUCCAAAAUAACACAGUUGACCAUUUAAAUAAUAUAUAUAUAUUAAAGGUUAGAAGAAUGGUGAAACCAUUUCCUGGUCUGAAGGUUAUAGUUGUCUUUUGGUGUUAGCGAACACCUUGGUGUGCUGCAAUGGAGUUGGUUAAUGCUAACACCUUGGUGUGCUACAAUGGAGUUGGCUAAUGCUAACACCUUGGUGUGCUACAAUGGAGUUGGCUAAUGCUAACACCUUGGUGUGCUACAAUGAAGUUGGCUAAUACUAACAGACUCAGGCCGGGACGCAAUUUGAUCUGCGUUAGAUCCGUGUUAAAGAGUGCUUGACAUUUAAAGUCAUUUUCCGAUUGAGCUGACAUUUGCAGUGUUUACUGUGAAUGCGAUUGCCUGUGAAUGCGGGAGCGUUACCUUUUUAAAAGACGCAUUGUCGAUAAUGCGCGAUCGGAUUGAAUCCGCCCUCAAUCAUCUCUAGACCGAUCGUCACUCAGAUGAUGCCAAUCGUUUGACCCUAAAUGCACUUUAAACAUUCAGCUUUUCCCUUGAACUGACCGUUGUCUUUAGUUUAAAUGUUUGUGGUUUGGAAAAAGGUAGUCACUGGUCGUGUCCGAAAUCUGACUUGCCUACUACUUAAACUAACCAUUGUGUACUAAACGUACUACAUGCUAAUUAAAACGCACCGUUUAGUAAGAAUGUACGAAGUAAGCAACAAAUAUCAACGUACUGCUCAUCCAUACUGAGAAGGAGUCAUCGACGGCGCAAUCACACUUGUUCCGCAUCCCCUAUUCUGAUUAUCAGCUGUUGUCAAACACGUGGGGGGAAAAAAGAUGCGUCCCUUCCUCAAUAGUGUGCAGCGAAUUCUAUUUCAUCAAAAGUCAAAUGAGUAUGAGAUCUGGGCAUUUAAAGUAUAGUCGAUUUUCAAAACGUCACAUACUAUAAAACUAUAUAUUUUAUUGCAUAUUUAAGUAACCUACUAGGGUAUUCGGACACGGUCAGUGUAACUCCCAAUUGUGUCAUGAUGCUUAAUACUGAUCAUUGGCAUUUCAUUUUGAACACAGUGAUUUUAUGGAUAAUUGCUACUGCAAGUGAAACACUGAAUGUGACCGUUUAUAGUUUCCAAAAAGAAAAUGACAAAAAUGAACAUUGUUACCAUAAUUUUAUGAUUUGCUAAAUAUAAUUAUUUAACUUUGUUUACUAUGUUGUUAUGUUACUCUUAUAGCUACAGUAACUUCCCCAUUUCACAUUUUGGUCAACAGUACACCCAGCCUCUACACUCAAAUUAAAACUUCAGACAGUAAACAUAAAUUGUUAUGCAAAAUUCUAAAAUUCCAUUACUUCGCCUAAUUUCAGUUUGUGACAAAACAAGCAAGUAUAGUGCAGAAAAUCAUUGUACCAUCUAAACCCGCUGUUAAAUAUAUUUUCCGUAACCAAAAAUAUUGUAUUUUGGGUUGUUUUGAAGUUGGUAUACAAAACCGAAAAUAAGACUCAAAAAUGAAACGUAAGAAUGGGAAGUUAUAGAAAUAGCGCACAUAGAACAGGGUCUACCGCUUCUUAGACUUGCUUUCAAUGAGGACAGCUCCACUGUGUAACUCACAUUUCUAUGUGAAUUUGUUUGGGUUUCCGGGAAAAAAAAAAAAGACAGAUUACAGCUUUAACUACCUGCACACAAAACGAUUUAUAAGAAUGGGUAGGAAAUUCGUAUGAGUAGAAGUAAUCAUUGAGUAAAUUAUAAAAAUAAAAAUAAAUUAUUCUUCUGAACACCCAGCAGCCCCUACUAACUCCCAUCACAUAGAUCUGUCUUCCCUAGUGAUAAUCAAGGAUUCAAUGUUAAUGUCCAUGAUCCUCUCCAAGUUCCAUUUCACAAGGACACAACCGUCACAAUGUCAAAACCUUUAUAUGCGUCCUUAAUGGUACCCUAUUCCAUUUGUAGUGCACUACGUUUGACCAGCUCCAUAUGAGCGUAGUGUACUAAAAUACAUACAGUAGGGUGCUAUUAGAGACUUUAAACCCGAAACUUUUUCCUCCGAUUGCACCUUGAAUAGCAUAAUGGCAUUACUAUAAGAGGAUCUAUACGUCAUUAAUAAUGUUGUCUUUUACACUGUGUGUAAAAAAAAAACACAUAAGAAAUCCCUUUUGCCCUCAGAACAGACUCAAUUCGUCCGGGCAUGGACACUAAAAGGUGUGGAAAGCGUUUCCACGGGAUUGUUGGCCCAUGUUGACUCCAAUGCUUCCCACAGUUGUGUCAAGUUGGCUGGAUGUCAAUCAAUCAAUGAAUGAAAUGUAUUUAUAAAGCAGCUGUCUCAAAGUACUUAUACAGAAACCCAGCUUAAAACAGCAAACAAUGCAGAUGUAGAAGCACGGUGGAAAAACUCCCUAGAAAGGCAUUAGCCAACCUAGAGAUGAAGCAGGCUCUGAGGGGUGGCCAGUCCUCUUCUGGCUGUGCCGGGUGGAGAUUAUAAGAGUACACGGCCAAGAUGUUCAAACGUCCAUAGAUAACCAACAGGGUCAGAUAAUAAUAAUCACAGUGGUUGUCGAGGGUGCAACAGGUCAGCACCUCAGCUGUGUUUGUCAAUUGGCUUCACCUGGUCAGUCCAUGUCAUAGAAAGAGCAGGUGUUCUUAAUGUUUUGUACACGGUGUAUACUGUAUGUGGUAUGAGCAAGUAUCUAUAGGAUUUAACCCAUCCCAAUCCUAUUACAUAUCCCUGGGUAUGUUUGGCCUGUCAUUGUCCCUUAAGCAGACAUUAUGUAUUUUUUUUUUAAGUUCGUUUUUAUUUUUUAACAAUAUGUGCACAAAGCCCUCCCCCAAAAAAGCUGUUAAGAAAUAAACGUGUCAACUAUU